AUGGGGGGAGGAAUGGAGGUAAACAAGAACCGAUGGAUCGAGGAGUGGUCAUCGGCGAGAGAGAAUCUCGAGUUAAACUUCCGGUGGACCCGCCGCAACUUGGCCCUCGUCGGAAUCUUCGGUAUCGCCGUCCCCGUGCUCGUCUACAAAGGCAUAGUCAAGGAAUUCCACAUGCAAGAUGAAGAUGCAGGGAGGCCAUAUCGCAAAUUCUGGCUGUCUUAG